CGUGACUUAACCUCACUUUCACCUUUGUUGAAUUAAAAUGUCUUCAAUUAAUAUUUCUCGUUUCUUUAAGAAAAAAAGUGUUAAAUACGGACUGCCAUUUUUUGUAUUGAUGAUUGGUGGCUCUUUUGGGUUGCGGGAAUUUACAAAUCUCAGGUAUCAAUUCGCCAAAGUAUCCUCAGUUAAACCAGAGGAUUUCGAAAAAUUAGGAAUAGAAAUGAAAAAACCUGGAGAAGUAACACUAGAAAGUGAAUAUGAGAAAAUCAAGAAAUUAGACAUCGAUAAUUGGGAACAAGUAAGGGGCCCUAGACCGUGGGAAGAGAAUUCUGCAAAUUGAAUUAAACAGAAAUGUAAUAUGUGUAUUAGACAUUAAUUAUCUGUGAUAUUUGUACAUAUUGUUACAAAAUAGUAAAUUUUAGGUCGAAAUAAAUGUUUUUACCUUGA